AUGAAAGACCUUGGGCUAGUGAAAAAGAUUCUAGGCAUUGAGGUAGUGAGAAAUAGGAAAGAAGGCAAGAUGGUUCUAACUCAAAGUAGCUACAUUACAAAGGUAAUUAAGAAGUUCAUUUUGGAUAAUUCUAAGGCUAGUGCAGUACCUCUGGCUGGUCACUUCAAGCUGUCUAAUGACCAAUGUCCAAAAAAUGAAGCCGAGAAAAGGGAAAUGGAGAAGGUUCCUUAUGCUGUGGCUGUAGGUUGUUUGAGGUACAUUAUGGUCAGCACCAGACCAGAUAUUGCACACUCUUUGAGUGUGUUGAGCAGGUACAUGUCUAAUCCUGGUACUAAGAAUUGGAAUGCUCUGAAAUGGUUACUGAGAUACUUGAAGGGAACUUCCAAGUAUGGUUUGAUAUAUGAAAGAGAUCCAGCAAAAUUGUUUCUAAAUGGCUAUGUAGAUGUUGAUUAUUCAUCUAAUAGGGACAAUAGAAGGUCCACUACAACUUAUGUAUUCGUCCUAAGCAACAGCUGCAUCAGUUGGAAGUCUCAACAGCAACAAGUGGUGGCUUUAUCCACAACAGAAUCAGAAUUUAUGGCCACCACUGAGGCUUUUAAAGAAGCAAUUUGGAUACAAGGGAUUCUACAAGAGUUGAAGCUUUUGAAGGAUAAAUGA